AUGGGGCUCUCUUGUUUGGGACUUGCGAUAGUCUACUUACUACUCACACCCCAUCUUGCUCUAGCUAUUCCAAAAUUUGGACUCGGCAGCUUUAGAUCUACUCCAAACCAAGCGCCAAUCGGUGACUUGCAUAAUGAGCGAACGAGCGCUAUCAAAGAUGCCUUUUCCUAUGCCUUUUCCGGAUACUUCAGUACUUGCAAAGGACGGGACGAGUUGAAGCCCGUAUCUGGCGAAUGUGCUGAUCCAUUCUCAGGGUGGGGUGCUAGUGCGGUCGACGCUCUCUCUACUGCCGUGAUCAUGGAGCUUGAACCUAUCGUAGAGGAAGUCCUCGACUAUAUUCCUACAAUAGAUUUCACUUCCUCUGAAUCACAGAAGGACCGUCUUGUCAGUCUGUUCGAAACAACAAUACGAUAUCUUGCAGGUCUGCUUUCUGCCUACGACUUACUGAAAGGCCCGUUCCCCAUCUCACCAAAGCACUCCUACAAAGUCGAGGCUCUCCUCAGUCAGGCAAAAGUGCUAGCAGACCGUUUGAAAUUUGCCUUCGAUUCCCCUUCAGGAGUCCCGUGGAACGAUCUCAACUUCACGCACUCAGAUUCUCACAACAUAGAAACCAACGGCCUCGCUACCACGGGUACCCUCGUCCUCGAAUGGCAGCGCCUCUCUGAUCUCACCGGUGAUCCCGAAUAUGGCCAUCUCGCCCAGAAAGCUGAGUCCUACCUUCUCAAGCCGAAACCCACCUACAAUGUCCCAUUCCCUGGCCUCCUAGGAACCCGCAUCUUGACCACCGACGGCACCUUCGAAGACGCCAACGGCGGCUGGGGCGGGGGCGAUGACUCCUAUUACGAAUACCUGAUCAAAAUGUACGCUUACGACUCCUUUCGCUAUCCACAUUACAGAGACAGCUGGAUAGUCGCUGCCGACUCCACCAUGAAGUAUCUAGCCAGCCAUCCUUCAUCACGCCCCGACCUCACCUUCCUAGCCGGCUAUGAAAACCAGACGCUAGUGAACUCCAGCUCGCACCUCACCUGCUUCGACGGUGGAAACUUCCUCCUCGGUGGUCAAGUCCUAUCUCGAGCUGAUUAUAUCUCCUUCGGCCUCCAGCUCGUCGACGGCUGUCACGAAACUUACGCGGCCACUGCAACGCACAUUGGUCCUGAGACCUUCUCCUGGGACGAUGCCGACCUUCACGCCAAUCGAGCUAAUCAAACUGCUUUUUACGAGAAGCAUGGCUUUUAUAUUACUAAUGCCGCAUAUGUGCUCAGGCCUGAGGUGAUUGAGAGUUACUACUACGCUUACCGCGUCACGGGGAAUAAGAAAUACCAGGAUUGGGCGUGGGAUGCGUUUGUGGCGAUCAAUGAGACCUGUAGGGUUGGGAAGGGAUUUAGUAGUAUCAAUGAUGUUGAUGCUGAAGGGGGUGGAGGGUUCAUGGAUAGUCAGGAGAGUUUUGUUUUUGCUGAGGUGCUGAAGUAUACGUAUUUGAUACAUUCGGAUGAUGGACCGUGGCAGGUUGGGUAUAAGGGCAAGCAGGAAUUUGUGUUUAACACUGAAGCUCAUCCGUUCAAAGUGGCUGGACCGCUUGUUUAG